GUGCUAAAGACAAAUGGUGGCCGUGCUAUUUGCCGCGGGAACGGCACUUGCAACCUUCACCUGCUCUUUGGAGCUAGUGAUUUACAAACGGACGAGUACUAACUGGAUUCCUACAGCCCGCGCGCUGUCCCAAAACGUUUGCGUGGGAACCCUGCUGUGCGUAGGGAUUGCGGGAUCGUUUGUGGGCGUUCUUGGUGCUCGAGGGCCGCAUGAUGACGACCACACAAAAACGGAUACGCGUCAUCACCAAGUGACUGGCAGUGAGAGUCACGAGGAAACGCUAGAGGAAUUGCCGGCGUCCAGGACACCCACUGGAACGGGGAGUGAUGGCACUCCAGAGGAGGCUGCGGCGCCGAAGCAUGCUGUACCUGUGCAAGGGGUUUCCAGUCCCGGGCGUCAAUCGCAUUAUCGCGGAAGCCGCCGAGAAGGCGCCGCAGGCAUAUUCAGACGGGAGACAGGAUCUGCGUCCGCAAGCGAUGCUGCGGAGAAUGUAGGCCAUGCCCAUAUGAUUUCAGCGCCUCCGUCCUCAAGCGAUGCUGCGGAGAAUGUAGGCCUUGCCCAUAUGGUUUCAAUGCCUGGCCGUGGAGAGGUGCCAUACGGGUGGCUGGCGAUUGAGCUCCUCAGGAAGGAGGCGUCGCAGCUACGAGCGCUAUGGGAGAAUGAGAAGAGAUUCGUGCAGCAGAGCGUUGGUCGCACCAUCGUGGGUAAAUCUUCCCGUUUUACCUCGUCACAAGUCAAGAGCUUGGUGGUCCAUGCCAAGAACAGGUAUCGAAUGCGGUCGACUGCACGCCUGCAAGCGGCCGCAAAAUUGGAAUCUACGGCGGAAGACGUGGCUGCGAAGCUUCAGGCAGCUGGUGUGGAACUCCCACCCUCCACAGGUUAUAGCACGCUGCCACCCGCGCCGAGUUAUCAAGACUCCCGAGCAGGUACCGACGCAAGCGCACCAGGUACGGCAAGCGUCAGCGAAGCCCGUGAACAGAUCAUACAAUCUUAUGUGCGUUGCGGAGUUUCGAGGCUGAGGGAAGAAGCAACGGAACUCGAGGAGAUGUCGACCAAUAAGCAUCUGUACGUCGCACAGAGCCUCGCCAUGCGCAUACUGCGGAGCGUCCGUCAAAUUACGACUCCCCUCAUCAUAUCUGAGUGGCGGAACGAGGCACGUAAAGCUUACAAUCAGAAAAUGAGGCGUUCAAGAGGCAGGGUAGAAACCCUGCGAACUCUGGCAGAAGAAUGGGAGAAACGGCUUGCCUCAGGCGCCCUGGCGCACGAGGAUCCUGACGAAGGCACCUCCGGGAAAAGAAAACCUCAACGAGCGUCGGGAACAGAGACAACGACAGGUCGACCAUGUGCGCGUCCCGUCCCCCUCGCCGGUCGCCAAUGUGAACGCCAACGAAAGCAAGCAGCCCGCCAAAGCGUGAUAUCUGAAGCCCCACGUUCUCCCUCCAUGAUGAGUUCUUCUCAGGCCGACCAGACGGAGGGCUCACUUAGGGGAACAGUGCUUGGUAGCAGGGUGGAGCUUCCAGGAUUGGGCAGUGUGCCAUACGUCAAACUUGCGAUUGACAAAUUGAGACUAGACGCCGCGCUUCUACGUAGGAAAUGGGGGGACGAAGAAAAAUAUAUGAAAGGUAGGAUCGCCGAAAACAUGCACGAAGAGAACAAUCGAAUGCCAGUUCCCGCAGUCCUCUCAAGAUGGAUCAGGCGGGCGCGCCACAAGCAGUACUGCCGCAGGCGAAUGCGCUUGCAGGAAAGUGCCGACUACGAUAAGCUUGCCACUGAGAUAGAACGCAGGGCUGUAGCAGAUGGCAUCUUACUACAAAGCGGGCCGGCAUCACCUUUACAUGGAGCAGAGUGCGCCGAUGUCCUGGAAGCUACGGAAUUUGAAGAAGGCUCAGGCGGGCCACGCGCGUCAGGGCGUGGCCCUGCUGAAGUGACGUUCGCACACCUUGCCAUCGAGAACCGACGCCAUCAGGCAGAAGCAAUAGAUGCCACAUGGGGCCAUGGAGAAGAGAAGUUUGUCGCCGAGCAUGUUGCCUAUCACAUGGUGCGUCGGAAUCAACCGUCACCAGACCUCCGUACACUGCAGGUGUGGACUGCCUCCGCGCGUACAUCCUAUCGUUCGAGAGCCAGAGCUCGUCAAGCCAAGGCCAGUCAACUAAAGGCUCAAGCGGACGCCUUAGAACAGGAACUCCGCGAUCUGCUCUCUUCGACACCAAGCCGUGCAGCAGAACCUGCGCGUGAAUCUGCAUCUACUGCUUUUUCUCUCCUUGGAUCGUUGACGGCCUCGGGUUACACCGUCACACAUGAUGCCGCGUGA